CCCCCUUUCUGUUUUUCUCUCUCUCUCUCUCUCUUUUUUUCUCUCUCUUUAUAUAUACACAUCUAUUAACGAUGGCGCCUCAAAUGAUGCAACCACAAAUCAUUCUUUUAAAAGAAGGUACAGAUACUUCUCAAGGUAAAGGACAACUCCUUUCCAACAUCAAUGCCUGUGCUGCUGUUGUCGAUACUGUCAGAACCACAUUGGGUCCCCGAGGUAUGGAUAAAUUAAUGGUUGACAGUCGUGGCCAAGUCACUAUCUCCAAUGAUGGUGCUACUAUUAUGAAGUUGCUCGAUAUUGUUCACCCUGCUGCAAAGACAUUGGUCGACAUUGCUCGUUCUCAAGAUGCUGAAGUUGGUGAUGGUACCACAAGUGUUGUCUUACUUGCUGGUGAAUUGUUGAAGGAAGUAAAGAGCUAUAUUGAAGAAGGCGUUAGUCCUCAUGUGAUUAUCAAAGGAUACAGAGCUGCUGCUCGUUUAGCUAUCAACAAAGUAAAGGAAUUGGCUAUCAAGAUUGACAAGAACAAUGAAACUGAAUUCCGUGAUUUACUUUCCAAGUGUGCAGCUACUGCCAUGAACUCCAAGUUGAUUUAUUCUCAAAAAGACUUUUUCACCAAGAUGGUUGUUGAUGCUGUCAUGUUGCUUGAUCAAGAAAGCUUGAAUGAACGUUUGAUUGGUAUUAAGCGUGUUCCUGGUGGUGCCAUGCAAGACUCCUUGUUGGUCAAGGGUGUUGCUUUCAAAAAGACAUUUGCCUAUGCUGGUUUCGAACAACAACCCAAAUGCUUCAAGAACCCCAAGGUAUUGUGUCUCAAUGUCGAACUCGAACUGAAGGCCGAAAAAGACAAUGCUGAAGUCCGUGUUGAACAAGUCUCUGAAUACCAAGCCAUUGUUGAUGCUGAAUGGCAAAUCAUUUUCCAAAAGUUAGAGGCCAUUGUUGCCAGUGGUGCCAAGGUCGUGUUGUCCAAGUUGCCUAUUGGUGAUUUGGCUACCCAAUAUUUUGCUGACCGCGAUAUCUUUUGUGCUGGUCGUGUUGCUAAGGACGAUAUGGACCGUGUUGUUCAAGCUGUGGGUGGUGCUGUUCAAUCCACAACAUCUGAUUUGCGUCCUGAACACUUGGGUCAAUGUGAAUCCUUUGAAGAAAGACAAGUAGGUGGUGAACGCUUCAACAUCUUUGAAGGUUGUCCUCAAGCCAAGACUUGUACUUUGAUCCUCCGUGGUGGUGCUGAGCAAUUCAUUGCUGAAGUUGAGCGAUCUCUUCAUGAUGCUAUCAUGAUUGUCAGACGUGCUAUCAAGAACAACUUGGUUGUUGCUGGUGGUGGUGCUACUGAAAUGGAACUCUCUAAAUACCUUCGUGUUCAUUCUCGUACCAUUGAAGGUAAACAACAACUCAUUAUUGGUGCCUUUGCAAAGGCAUUUGAAGUGAUCCCAAGACAAUUAUGUGAUAAUGCUGGUUUUGAUGCCACUGAUAUCUUAAAUAAGCUUAGAAUGAAGCAUGCACAAGGCCAUGUUUGGUACGGUGUUGAUAUCAACAAUGAAACAAUUGCCGAUAAUUUCGAAGCUUUUGUAUGGGAACCUGCUCUUGUCAAGACAAAUGCUAUUGCUGCUGCCACUGAAGCAGCCUGUUUAAUCUUGUCUGUUGAUGAGACCAUUAAGAAUGCUCAAAGCGAAAAACCACAGGCUGGUUUGCCUCGUGGUGGUGGUGGUCGUGGUAGAGGUGCUAUGAGACGAUAGUUUUGUUCUUUUUUCUUGUCUCUCUCUUUUUUUUUCUGCAUAUAUGUAAUUCUCAUAAAAAAAUUCAUUCCCUAAACAAUAAAGUUGUUUAACAAUUAAAA